CUUUCUCUCUCUCUGUUUCUCCUUUUCUCAUAUUCACACAAAUAGAUGUCUUAAGUUUUAGGUCUCUCUAUAUUAAGACCUUGUAACUGUAAAAUAGUGCUAUCUAUUUCUAUACAUAGCACUAAGCAUUUAUUGUUGUUACAACAUUUACAACAAACUUCAUCUCUCUUGCAGUUAAACCAAACUUAGAUAACAACAAUACUAAGCUUAUACUUGCAUUAUAUUAAUCAUGAGUCUUCUAAAGCCAUAGCCAUAUCCAUAUCCAUCUCAAAAACUCGAAUCUUUCAUGCCAAAAAACUUCUAUGGAUACUACUACAAAACACAAACAUGAAUCAUCUUCUCAACUUGUACUUGAUCUAAGUCUCUCUAGCAAAGAUUCAUGCGAGGAUGAAUCAAAGCCGGAACUAAACCUCCUCAACUGUUUCCAUGCGAAUUUAUCAGAAAGCUCGUCGGAAUCUAGUCAUGAAAAUGAACUUGAUCCAAGAGUUUUCUCAUGCAACUACUGUCAAAGAAAAUUCUAUAGCUCGCAAGCACUAGGAGGACACCAGAACGCGCAUAAGCGCGAAAGAACUUUGGCGAGAAGAGGCUAUACAACUAGCAUGCCUUCUUCUCUUCCUUCUUAUGGCUUAUGCAACAAAUCACUUGGCAUUCAAGUGCAUUCUAUGAUUAACAAACCUUCUUAUCAAACACAAACACAAACACCCUUUUUUGGAUAUUGUUCAAAUGGACAAAAUGGUUGGAAAAGACAGAUUUUUGAUUCACAACCAGCAAUUGGAAAGCCUCCAUCUGGAAACUUUCAUGUGAGGAAUGAAACUGAACCAUCUUUUGGCAGUGGCAUUCAAAGGGUAGCUAUGUUUCCUAAAAGUCUUGUGAAUGAAGGAUUUGGACUUGGAGGUUACUUAUUGGAUAACAGCAUUUCACAUUUGAAGUCUAAACAAGACAAGUUGCAGAAGCUUGACUUGUCCCUUAAGCUCUAAAGUAUAGUCUCAUUCAAACAACAUGUCAUUUGUUCGAAUCCGAACAAUCAUUGAUCAGACGUUACUUAUCUCCCGGUUGAACUCUAGAAAACCGGAGCGUCGAGACCAAAAAAAAUAACACAGUUCAUUUUCUCAUUAGCUAAAGAGCUUUCAACUUUUUUUUCUUCCUUCUUCACUUGUUUUGUUUUCAUGUAUCUCUCUUGUUCAACCAGGUUUGAAUGCAUUUUGAUUACUUACAAGAGGUUCUGAUUUGCUGCUAUUUGCUUUAUGUUUUGUCAUAAAAAUAAAUUACUUGCUGAUUAUUAUAAUUGUUUUUGGUGAAUUUUAAAGAAUUGAUUUGAAAGUAAUAAAGGUUGAUUGGU